AUGACAGCAACAAAACCACUUGAAAUUCCUUUGCCUUUAAAAAUAAAAAAAGAAAAAGAAGAAUCAAUAUCAUCUGAAGACUGUGAUAAUGAUGAUCUCGACACAGAUAGUGAUAGUACAUCAUCAAUGUUAUUGCAGCCUUCUAUUUUCCAAAAUGAUUCUCUCAGCCGGAUUGAUCCAAACAAUUUUCUCCGGCUUACAUCAAUGGUAAGACGGAUUUAUUUUUCUUAUUUAUACAAAUCUAUUGUCAAAAAUUACAACACGUGCUGUCGUUCAAUAAAAAGUGAAAAAUUUUUGCGUUGUGAUCUGAAGAAAUUUUCUAGUCUUUUGGAGCUAGAUGCAGUCAAAGCUUCCAUUGAAACGUCUCUUUAUCGACAAGCUGUCUUGAAAAUAAUAUCAGACGUGAAAAAGGAUACUGUAAACAAUAAAAUUCAUAAUAAACUAGCGGUUUAUCUGGACACACCAUCAAAAACAGUUGAUGUUGCUGUACAGACUUGCUCUGAAGAGCUAGAAGAUAAUUAUAGUGUGUUAAAUUGUGGUGGUGAUAAUGUUAUUAUUAACAAUACUCAGCAGGAUAUUAAUUACCCGUAUCUAUUAAACAGUGUACCAGUGUUUGAUGAAGUGAAUUCUUUGUUAAGUGACAGACUUUAUGAACAAAGUGGUGAAAGAGAAACUCUGGAUGAUGGUGAAGAGCUAAAUAAUACUAGUGUAAUUACUAGUCAACAAGAAAAUUCACAAGAUAGAGUAAGUAAAAAUAUUGCUGAUCUUUUUGGUAAUAAUUCUUCGAGCAAUAUUGAUGAUAAUAAUGAUCAAGAUAACUUCAAUGAUGUUGAUAAUAUAGAUGAAGACACUCACGAUACUUUGGUACAAAAUUUGGAGACUAUGUUUGGUGAGAGUGACGACAGUAGUGAUCUGAUGGCAUUAAUAGAAAAACAUUCAAGUAUUAACAAGCCCAGUAUCGAUAUGGAGCCUACUAAUACUGCUAAAAUAAUUAAUUAUUCUAAAAAUACUACCAGUAAUUUUACUCUUCCCAGUGAAAAUAAUAGUAAUAGUUGUGUUAGUUUUGAUAAAUUAGAUGAUAAAAAAACAAAAAUUAAAGAGUUUAAGGUUAAUUAUGGCGGUAAGCGCAAAGUUUCAUUUACUGAUUAUAAGAAAUUAAAAAAAAGAGCUCUUGAAGAUAAUAAAACUGAAGAUAAGCAGACUAAAAAGAUGCGAAAUGUUUGGCUCGUAGAGAGAAUUCACCAGGAGUCAAAGCUCAGAACCAAAAUGCUUGAAUUGUCUUUGAAUAAUUACAGGAAAUAUGGGAAAGUUAAGGAGAAAUUUAAAGAGCUAUUUGGAGAAGAGAAUGAUGAUGAGGAGAUGAUGCCUGCUGAGUCACCGAUUCACAUUGAGGAACAUCUCAAUGGUUGUAAGGAAAGAAUCGCCCCCUGGGUUGUUAAGUACUUGAUGCCCUACUACGAGGAAAAGAUUAGCGGAAACAAGCUGCUGUUCAAAGCCGUUGCUAAACACGUUUCUGAUAAGCUUAUUCUAGAAAAUACUUUUCCUGAGGAAGCGUGUGUGAAUAACUAUAUUAAAGAUUACUUUAAAAAUAAAACAUGUAUAAAAACAGAAGCAGAUGUUUAUAUUUAA